CAUGGAUACUUGUCAGCUCUCCACACCCACUCCCCUGGCGAACGCCAAGAUCCCCUCCGGAGUACAGACCGCUAGGGUGUUCCCUCCUUCCUCUUCUCCGACGAAGUCCGCGUGAAAGCUAGUGAGCGAUGGAUCCUUUCUCGUCUCCCGCGCCGUCAAACGGCUCUUCGGGCCCCUCGACGGAGGCUCUGAUGGACCAAGUCAAGGCCCAGCUCGCCCAGGCCUACGCCGAGGAGUUCCUCGAGACUGUGAGGAGCAAGUGCUUUUCAAAGUGCAUUACAAAGCCUGGAACAGGCCUGAGUGGGAGCGAGAGCAGUUGCAUAUCCAGAUGUGUGGAACGGUACAUUGAGGCAACAAGAAUUAUUGGCCAAGCUCUUUUCAAUUCCCCACGCAGACUGUCAGGUUUGCUAAAUCAUUUCUGGCAUUUACCACUCUUGCUCAAUACAAAGGAAAGCUACUUCAUAUGCUAAUAUGCGAGGAUCAGAUUUGGUGCUUCUUCCAUUUCAAUGAGGAAAAGUUAUGGCUGUUUCUUUUAUGUUAUUGCAGCUUACUUACUCCUGUAGGUUAUUUGGUUGGUUGUUUGUCAAUUUGUUAUAUUGUAAUCCUCCUGUGGGCUUGGAUAAUCCUGUAUUUGCACCGCUUUAACUUAUCGUUUCAUACAGCCUCUGGCUCCUCACUUUACCAAAAAAAAAAAAGGACAGCUGCGUUGCAUGCUGCUUUAUCCUUGAAAAAUUGAAAGCAAUAGCUGUUAAGCUUAUAUGAUUAAUCCGGUGCCUUGUGUAAGUUUAUGUCAAUCCAGACAAGAUUGAUCACUUUAAUUUAAGCUUCAUCAAAAGUAUCAUAUCCAAAGUGAUAGCAUUCAUAGGCGAUCUGUAGGGCACCAAACCUUAGGUGCUUGCUGCAAAGACAUAAAUCUUGAUCAAGGAGUUCUUCAUUUGGAAUGCCAAAUAAAAUAUGCAGAGUCGAAGCGAGAAGGGCAAGGUUAUAAGCAGUCCAGCUUGCAGAAGGGCUGCUUGAUUAUUUUAAUACAACAAUAUAGAGUCAAAUUAAGUUUCAAAAAUAUGGUGCAUGGCAUACUUUUAUGUACUGUAAGUUGUAAUACCAAUCUUACAUGCCAGAAGCAGCAACCUGAAUU